AUGUCAGCGCCUUCUACUCCCCGGACGACGCGUUCUGCGUCGCUGGCGGUGGAAUCACCUGCCAUUCUCACACCAGGGAAAAAGAUCAAGGCAAUGUUAGCUGCCUUUGAUAGCGAUUCGGACACAGAAAAUGGUCAAUUAAACCCCAAAGCGAUGCAGACGAGGCCCAAGAUUAGCGGACAUCAACAAACAGCGGCGGAAUCCGACGAUGGAGACAACUCGUCAGAUGAUGACAUUAUAGUGCCCCGAGGCCGUAUGGCUGCACGUCUGCAGGCCAUGGGCCAGAGUAAUGGCACCAAUACGUCGUCGCAUGCUAGCCAUACCGAAUCUGCAUUGGAACGAGUAUCAAAGACGUUACGGAACGAGAAAUCGGGCACAGAGGAUUCCUAUUAUGGCUCAGCAGUCGACGCGGCGGAAACAUCCGAUGAUGAUCUCCCUAUAGCUGGUCCUAGAAAGAGACUCGCAGGAACAAAGAUAAGCACAGAGCACGAUGUCCGAUCGAGUCGGUCACCAUCCCGGGCGCGCUCGUUUUCACCGUUGUUCAUGUCCUCGCCCCGCGCGCAGGAGAGCAAAGAGCAGGAUCAAGAAAGAUCCGACGACUCGGACGAUGAUAAACAGAUGCCGAAGGUAAACUCCCGUUUCCUUGCUCUUGUGGCCCAGAAGCGCAAGGAGCGCGAGCUGAAAGAGAGGGAAGAGAGGGAGAAGAGAAAGCAAACUCUCUUCACAGGAAAGUCAGUGCCCAUGACUCAAGAAGAAAUUUACCAAGAGGAUCAAGAGGAUGUUUUGGAACGGGUGCCCAUCCAACAGUCGCGCCCUGCACGAAAGGCCAGCAAGAAGGCCCUGGAGGAGAUGAACCGCGAAACCCAGCGGAUGAGCAGAAACUUACAAUUGGCGCACCAGGCGACGACGAAGAAGAAGAUCUCCAAAGAAAGCUUUUUAGCCCGGUUCAAUUUUACGCAACAGCAGGAACAAGAGAACGGGCCAUCAGCUGAUAACUCAUCGACGACCACCGGCUCGCAGCAUUCAUCAGACGCUGAGGCUCAGAAAAAUAAAGGCACGCCGCACACGUCUCCCGUCAUUGAGCCAUCUGAAAAACCACCGGAUAUUGAUGCUACAAGUAUAGCAAUGGACGAAGACACAGAAUUUCCUACUCUGGAAGAUCUGAUUGAUAGAACACAAAAGCAAUCUGAGCAACCUUUGAUAGGACUUAUGGAAGAUCAUGGAGCCAACUCAGACUCCAAAGCUGUGGCACCUAGAAAGGAAAAGAAGCCUCAUGGGGCUCCUCCUGUUCGUGUUCGCCUUUCCCGACAGGCGGUGGCCCGGAAUCAGAAGGACGAUUCAGAUAGCGAUUUGGAAGUGGUUACAUCUCCCGGAAAAUGCCGACGUCUCGCUGCAUUUGAAAAUGUCCCAACGAAAAAAGUUCAGGAAUCGUCCGCUCUGCUAAAACUGAAAGCUUUGGCUCAUCUGACGUCCCCAACUCGUCGACCUGCAAUGAACAAUGCCGAAUUAUCCGCACAAUUACUGCACAAGGCAAGGCAGCAAGCUACCCAUGAAAGACAAGAGCGAGUCCAGGAGCUUAAAGCGAAAGGUAUCAUCAUCGAAACUGCGGCGGAGCGGGCGACCAUGGAAGAUGAAUUAGAGAACCUUGUGGAAAAGGCUCGGAAGGAGGCAGCAGACAUUGCAAAGCAAGAACGGGAGGCAGUCAAGAAACAAAAUGGGGGUUUUGAUGACGAGGACGAUGAUGAAGAAUAUGAUGAGUCUGAUUUUGAGGAGGAAGAUUGUGGUGAUAAUGAGGAUGAGGAUGAGAAUGAAGAUGAAGAUGGAGAAGAUGGGGAUGGGAAGGAAGUCAACUUGUUCGACUCCGAAGCAGGCGAGGAUGAAGAGUCGGAUGAUGAUAUGACUGAAGCCAUGUCGGUCGAUGAGGCUAAUGUGACCACCAAAAGGCGAAAACGACCUACCCGGGUUGUUAGUGACGACGAGGACGAAGAUCAGCAACUAAAGACACCAGCUAAGCCGAUUAAUUCACCAGCUCGCUUUAUUGAACGACCUCACAUCCCCGGCCUUCCUUCUAAUGAUAUGACGAUGAGUCUGACGCAAGCCUUUGCAGGCACGCUAGGUGGAAGCUGGCAGGACUAUGAGCAGGGCUCCUCGACAAUCCCCGAUUCCUUGCCGGAUCCUGUUCAGAUGACCAACGAUCGUCAAGAGUCAGAUUCACAGAUGAUAAUAAAGGACAGCCAAGAACCGCAGACGGAGACCGCGGACUUGCUGGCGAGAUAUACUCCGUCUGUUGCGCGAGUAUCUGAGUCUCCUGCGCGACGAACUAUGUCUCAAUUAUCUCAAGUCCCAGACCCCACACAGGAUGCUGGCUUCGUUCUCUCACCUUUUGACCCCUCUAAAAGGUUUUUAGGUACCCCAGUGUCGACAGUGGAGACUGUUCUCAUAGAAAGGGAUGAAUCGCGAGAAAAUACCCUGGUCCCUGAGAGAAAGAUGAAGCACCUCCGACGUGGUCGGGCUACUGAGCUCUCUAUAAUCGAAGAGCAAGAGGAAGGCGACUUUGAGGUGGACGCCAGCUCUUUUAAUGUUAUGAAGAAAGCAGCGAAGAAGCCAAGCGUUCCAUUUGAUAGAAAGAAGAGCAAGGCAAAGGAUGUUGUGGAAGAAGCAGCCGAGGAGUCCGAAGAUGAGUACGCCGGCCUCGGAGGUGCGAGCGACGAGGAUUCGGGUGAUGAAGAGAAUGUAUAUGAUCGGCAGAUGAUCAAUGACAGUAGCGGAGAAACUGUUGAUGAAAAGCAGCUGGCGGCUCUUAACGCGUUACACCAGAGAAACGCAGAUGAAAAGCAGGUGGCAAAGCUGCUCAAGGAUAUUACAACCGGUGCACUUCGGCGAAGGAGGCAAGGGGACGAUGAAUUUGACCUGGAUGAUUCAGACGAUGAGCUUCUAGCACGUCGACGAGAAAAGCAAAGGGAAUUUGCACGGAUGCGCAAGGCGCUGAUGGCCGAUGAAAAGAUUGGUGAAAUCGCUGAGAACCCAAAGAAAGCUGCAUUCUUCAAAGCUAUUGAGGAUCGCGAAGAGGCGGAUGAUGUUUUGGACUUCUUACAUGAGGAAAGCGUUGGAUCUCAAGAAUAUUCAUCCUCGCAAGACGUGAAGUCCGGAUUACAGGAUGCUAUGGCGGAAGCCAACAGCAAGAGAAAGCGACCUCUUGAGCCGGGUACUGAAGAUACCUAUAACCGGCCUCCGCCACAUAUGCGUCGUAAACCAGCCAGCGCCAUGUCCAAGAAACCUACUACCCUCGCAGAGAUCCGCGAAACUGUCUCUUUCCUGACUGAACGUCCUGAGUAUGACUCUUUCCAUGAAGAUGCGGCUAUGGAAGACGAGGAAAGAGGAGAUAGGGACCACGAAGACGAAGGCACCGACAAGCAGGCACUGGCCAGUCAACUGCAGGAAGAAUUUGCUCGACGGACUCAUCCCCGGCGCACGAGAGGCCCAGUUGUGGAUCGUCUUGCACUCUUACGACAAGCAUCCUCGAACUCGGCCACAUCAGCCUCAUCCAGCACCCGUUUUGCAUUCCAUACUAGUUUUGGCGAGUCGGGUUCCAACAUCGGGUUCCGGCCGCCUCCUCCACUGCGAAAGGCCUCGACAGCAUCUUCCUCGAGCAGUACGUCAUCUAAAUCCGAUCCGUCAUGGCGAGCACCCAAGGUGCCUGCGUCGGGAGGGGGGUCAUUGACCAAGAAAGGUGCAGUUAAUUACUACACCGCCGCCCGCGAGAGGGAGCGUGAGAGAGAGCUGCGCACGCAGAAUCGUGCGGGGGGUUCUAAUAUCGCAGCAUUGUUGAACAGACAUGCGAACAAUCGACUGGGGGCCUUGAGUGGCACAGGACAAUGGGACUAG